AUGCUUAGUGAUGAGUUAGGGAGACAUGGGUGGGAUACCGCAAAGUAUGACAAGUUUCUGAAGGACAUCGGUGACUUGGCAGUCAAGUAUUUGGAAUUGGACAAGACAAUCUCGAAACAGAAACAGACGAUGUUGGAUGCAGUGUAUGCCCUGGCCAUGAAGCUCUAUCCCCAGCUUGCACACUACAAGAAGUGCUGGCCGGUCAGAGAUGUUCUGAAGACCAAGUUAGGAAACAUGACCUACAUGACCAAGAAGGAUAGGAAGGAGCAGGAGGCCCACGCAUCUGUUGCACCGGCUGUGUUCUAA